AGUGUGGGAAAUUGAGGCCUAUUGUUUCCCUGUUGUGCUACGAAGGCAGCAUAAGAAUUCUAUUUUCGCUUUUGAAUUCGGUUUGUUUCGUUGGAAGCGAACUUGAGCUUCUCUUCAAGUAAAUACGGCAAUACGUGGAAAAGAAAACCGACGAUACAAUUUUCCAACAGCUGUGCCUACGUAUUGAACCUGACGACCAUUUUUGUGUGCUUUCGUUUUGUUUUUGAACUACUGACUUUCUUUCGAAUUUCCUCUCUCGUAUUUUCGAAGCCUGCGCCAGGAAUGAUGUCAUGUUGGAAUGGUAGGAUGUUGAAAUGUACCUUAGUACCCCAUUUUCCUCUUUUCUAUCCUUGCGACAGUCUUCGACUUUCGCCUCUCACUUCUUUUUCGAGUCCCGCCCACCCGAGCCCGCACCGCCCCGCUUUGGAGGCGGACUUUGAAAAGGAGUCUGCCACUUCGUAUGUAUAUAUCCCGCGUGAAAAAGAUGUAAAAUGAAAAAUAUGGUAAAUUCGCUUUCUGGAAAGAUAUGCCCUCAACCGAGGAGGAAGACACGAUGGUGUCGGGCAAACACCGUUAAUGUAUGCAUACCCCAAAACGGGCCAUCAACAAUAGUUUUCCCUUUUCCUUUCCUCCCCUUCUCCAUCUCUACACGUGAAAACAUGAAGCAUUAUUCUCAUUGUUUUCUAAAUAUUAAAGGUUCUUAAUGGCCGACAAUGCAUCACCUUCAAUAGUUCGACAGUAUUUCGAGCACCCUCCGCGUAGUCAUCUCUACCGCGGCUCACCUACUGGGGCUUCUCUGAUCCUCUCCGGGUCCCCCACGGAUGCAAUUCCUGGCCGAAGGAAGACAGGCGAGUGCGACGGUAUCGACGCUGGUGAAGGUGACGCGGCGGGUUCCUCAACGCGGAGGCCCAGCCAGGAUGGUACGAGCGGCCUCCGGGAGGCCGGCGAGGGUGCCGGAGAAGAAAGUGGAGACGCUGAUCCGCGGAGGGCGCUCUCCACGUUGCUGCUUACUGGUCUCAUGUACACCGUCACCAUUAGCGGUGCGUACGGUAUCGAGGAGUCGGUGAUGGGGGGCGGCGUGAUGCUGACGAUCAUCUCCGUCGUGGUGAUCCCUGUCGUUGUAGGCGGGCCAACGGCGCUCGUGGUGGCCGAGCUCGCGUCUGCGGUGCCUUCGAAUGCUGGUUUUUUGAUGUGGAUCAAGCUGUCGUUCCACCGGACUGUGUACUUCGCCAUGGCCAUACUCUCUCUCUUCUACAUUGCGACGGACAACGCCCUCUACCCCACAAUGUUCUCCGAGUACACGUGCACCGCGGUGGAGUGCAGCACGGCCGGAGCGAUCUCUCUGCGGCUGGGCAUGCUCACGUUGACUUUCCUUCUUAACAUGUUUGGCGUCGAGACGGUCGGUGUGGCCAGCGUCGUGCUCACUGUUCUGACGGUAGUGCCGUUUGUGCUCAUGUUUUUGAAGCAGCAGCUCGACAGCCACUUUUACGUGAACUGGCCAGCAGUGACGUAUGUGCCGACGGAUUCGAUGAACUGGCCGAUGUUUCUGGCCACUGCAUCGUGGUGUCUCUCGGGGUUGGAGCAGGCGGGCAGUGUGGUGGAGGAUAUCAAGGACCCACAGCGUACAAUCAUCGGCUCCCUCAUUCCGUUGAUGGGGCUCGCCUUCAUCACGUACAUCCCCCCGAUCAUCACCGGGGCGAGCGUGUCGCACGGCGCGAUUGACCUUUCGCAGUGGACGACGGGGUAUUGGGCUGAGGUGUCGUACCAGGUCGGCGGCACCCCCCUCAAGGUGAUCACCGUCGCGGGGAGCGUCCUCUCCGCGUUUGGGCUAACGCUCUCCGCACUCUGCACCUCCACGCGCAUCUUGUCCGGCAUGGCGCUCACGGAGGCCUUCCCUGGCAGGGUGAGUGAAUGGCUGUCGUUCCGCAGCGCACGCUAUGGUACCUAUCCGUGGACGCUCAUCCUCAACACGGCGCUCACCGCGGUGUUUUCGUCGGUGCUGACCUUCGGUGCGUUGGUGAAGAUAGAUCAAUGCCUCUACGGCAUUCGUGUUAUCGUGAUCUUAAUCUCCUUUUAUCGUAUCCGGCACUUGUACCCACACCUACAGCGGCCAUUCCGUAUUCCACUCGAUGGGUGGAAGCUGCACGCGAUGAUGGGCGUCGCCACCGCGUCGUAUGUCGUGCUGACUGUCGUUUCCGCCUGGGAGGUGGAGGUUGCCAUUUUGUGUACCGUUGUGGUCGCGGUGGCUUUCGUGGCGGCUUUUCUGUACUGCCACUUUUACCGUCAACACGACUUUCUGGGCCGCGUGGUGACCGAGUUUGCGGUGGAUUCGUGUGAGGACGACGCUGCCCCGUCCACGCAUACGCAGCCGGCUGGGGAACCAGCGAGGCAUAACGUGCCAGAAGGACAGAAGUCGGCGAAGGCGGAAGCGAGAGAACAAGCGGAUUAG